UCUAUAUCUAAUCUCAAAACUUAGGCUUGUAAUAUAGCCAAGCCUUCAUUUGCUUCUCUACAAGAUCUUCUGCUCCUUAGGAAAUUUAAGACCUAUGACGAGGAGGGAUGAUUAAAGCUAAUCAAAUACUCCCUCCGUCUCAAAUUAUCUGUGGUGAUUUUAAAAAAUGAGUGUCUCAAAUUACUGUCAUUUUAGAAGUUCAAGACAAAAUUAAUUAUUUUUUUCUCAUUUUAAUCUUUGUAGUAAUUAUUUUUUAUGAUUACAAAAACACCUCGAUUAUGGCGAAAUGACACGGGUGAAAUAGUCAUAUUUUCUUAAGACGUGUGUGAAAAAAAGAUAGAGCAAUAAUUGGAGACGAAACACACGUUUCAUGUGCUGCAUAUUGUAUUCAAAAUGAACCGAUGAAUAAAUCAAAUUGUAGAACGUGACAGACAAUUUUAAAUGAUCAGAAUAUAUAUGCAUAUUACGAGUGGUAAGUGGUAACUUUCCCUAUUUUGAAAAUUAUGAAUAGUUCUGAUUAUGAUUGUCACUGUCACACAAGCGUGCUUAAGAAGAUUAAAUUUACCUCGUAAGGCAUGCUGCUUUAUUGUAAAAGCCAGCGCAAAAGACUUGUCUGAAAUAAGAGUCUUUUCACUCUACUUUGCAUUGGGAUUUGUGAGUAAUAAAGAAAAUAGAAGUGAAAACAAGCUCAGAAUUUUCUUAGAGAAAGAGAAGAAAACAAAAUGCAAAGCAAGAGGAAAUUUGUGAUCAUGGAAAGCAGCACUAGUGAGGAAGAAGAUGUUGUCGAUAGUGAUGAAGAGAGUUGUGGUAAUUCGAAGAAGAGGAAGAAAACGGGUAACCAAACUAGAGGAGGAGGAGGAGAAAACAGCAGAAGGGAGUCCAAGAACUGUCAUCAGUGUCAGAGGAAUGACAAAGACAAAGUGGUGUGUUGUUCCAAAUGUAAAACUAAAAGAUAUUGCCUUCCUUGCAUCACUCGAUGGUACCCUGGGAUGCCAGAAGAGGCCAUUUUAAAAGCUUGCCCUGUAUGUCGUAACCUUUGCAACUGCACAACAUGCUUGCGGUUAGAUGGGUUAGCUAAACAUUUGAUGUUUGUUGAAGUAAAGUUCAGUGAUGAAGAAAAACUUGAGUAUUCUAAGCACAUUGUACGAGCACUUUUGCCUGCUUUGGAACAAUUUAAUACAGAGCAAAUGAUUGAAAAGCAGAUUGAGUAUCAGAGUCGAGCAUUAGCAGUUUCAGAGGUGAAUAUGCGCAAAGCAAAAUACGAGAAGGAUGAGCGCAUUUAUUGCAACUAUUGCAGUGCUUUUAUUGUUGAUUUUCAUCGGAGUUGUUCUAGCUGUUCCUUUCAACUUUGCCUAACUUGUUGCACAGAACUAAGGAAUGGAAACCUGCAAGCAGAUGCAUCCGAAGUGCGGAUGCAAUUUAUUGACAAUGGACCAGGUUAUUUGCAUGGUAAAUGUUGUAGCAUAACUUCAACAAAGAACAGAACUACUGAAGUUAAAAUAAGGGAUCGAACCAAGGUGGCAAUGGCAUCUAAAUGGAAACCGAAGGAAAAUGGUACCAUUCCUUGCCCACCCAAAGAUAUGGGAGGUUGUAGUAAAGGAACCUUAAAUUUGAGAUGUAUAUUUUCUGAGAAUUGGAUAUCACAGCUUUUACUGAAAGCUAAAGAAAUAGCACAUAAAUGUACGCAUAAUGAUUCAGAGCUGCACUGCUCCUGUUCAAUUUCUAAGGGUGCAAAUGAUAUUUCUGGUGGCAAGCUACGUAAGGCAGCUGCUCGAGAAAAUUCUGAUGAUAACUAUGUAUUCUGUCCUGCAGCUGUAGAUACUCGGCGUGCAAAUUUCAGGCAUUUUCGGCUCCAUUUGUGUCAGGGUGAACCAGUUGUUGUAACUAACGUUCUUGAUAAUGCAUUGGGAUUGAGCUGGGAACCUAUGGUAAUGUGGCGUAUUUUUCGACUAAUCACGAAGGCUGCAGAUGUUUUAAAUUGCUUAAAUUGGUGUAAGUUGGAAAUGAACAUACACCAGUUUUUCAAAGGAUACAUGGAGGGUCGCCUUGACAGUUAUGGGUGGCCUCAACUCUUAAAGUUGAAUCACUGGCCGCCAUCAGGUCUAUUUGAUGAGCGGCUGCCACGUCAUGGUGCCGAAUUUUUUAGUUGUUUGCCUUUUAUGGAAUAUACACAUCCUCAAUAUGGCUAUCUCAAUCUCGCUCUUAGAUUUCCUGAUAACUGUUCGAAGCCAGAUUUGGGGCCUAAGGCUUACAUUGCUUAUGGUUUUCCUAAGGAGCUUGGACGUGGAGACUCAGUCACCAAACUACACUAUGGUGUGACUGAUACGGCCAACGUGUUGAUGCACACUCAAGCAGUGGUCCCAACAAUUGAACAGCUCUCGGCCAUAGAGAAGUUGAAACAAAUUCACAAAGCGCAGGAUCAGAGGGAAUUUGUAGCUGAAGCUAGCAGGAUGCAUGAAAGUAAAGCUGAGAAUAAGAAGUACAGCCAGCAAAGUGUAAAAGCUGAUUGUGAAACCAAUAAAGAGGGAGAAGAAUACCAAGACAGAGAAGAUAGUAUUUCUCUUUUUGGGCAGGAUAGCUCUGAAGGAUUUGAAGAAGCAGAUGGCGGUGCUCUAUGGGAUGUCUUUAGGAGGCAAGAUGUUCCUAAAUUGGAGGAAUAUCUCAGGAAGCACUUCAGGGAAUUUAGGCACACAUAUGGCUCACUGUUGCCGCAGGUUGUUCAUCCCAUUCAUGAUCAAACGUUCUACUUGAGCACUGAGCAUAAAAGGAGGCUAAAGAAAGAAUAUGGCAUUGAACCAUGGACUUUUGUUCAAAAAUUAGGUGAAGCUGUUUUUGUUCCUGCUGGAUGCCCUUAUCAAGUCAGAAAUUUAAAGUCGUGUAUCAACGUCGCUGUUGAUUUUGUAUCUCCUGAAAAUGUGAAUGAGUGCAUCCGUUUGACCGAGGAGUUUCGCAAGCUUCCCAGAAAUCAUGAUGCUAGGGUAGAUAAGUUGGAGGUAAAGAAAAUAAUUGUUCAUGCGAUGAGCCAAGCAGUGGAUCAAUUAGAGAAGACACUAUUUAGGAACUCUGAAGCAGGCAUCGCUACAGGAUUAUCCUCAUCAAGUCCGAUAAGCAAAAGUAUAAAUGCUAAGCCAGGACCAAAUAUGCCAAAAUCUUCCUCUUCCAUUUCGGAAGAUCUAUCCAGUAGCAAGACUGCCAAAAGAGAAGAAUAUGUUGCUCCAAGUGAGGAUGAGAAACCAGCAACCACCGAAGUUAAUCUACAUUAUCCACAUCCAGUUCUUGAUGUGUCUUCAGCAAACAAGGCUAUGCCAGGGCCAGAUAUGCCAAAAUCAUCCUCCACUUUGGAUGAUCUGUCCAGCAGCAAGACUGCCAAAAGAGAAGAAUAUGUUGCUCCAACUGAGAAUAAGAAACCAAGAACUGCUGAAGUUAAUCUACAUUCUCCGCUUCCAGUUCUUUCAGCAAACAAGGCUCAAGAAAGCACAUCAAUCCCUAGUGGAAAGUUGAAGCAAUCCAUCAAUAAAGAAGAUGUGGAAUCAACUUUCCACACGGUUAAAUCAUUCUUGAAGUCUAUACCAGAGCAGUGCUCGAGCCAACAAUCAGGACUCCAGAGCAACACUGCUUCAAACCAAACACUAGCAAGGGUAGUAUUUGAAUGCUCAAUCAGACUGUCACUGGAGGCAUUGGCUUAUGACCCAAUGCAUGAAAAAGAAAUGUAUGGUGCAAUUGCUGCUUUAAAUGAAAAUCCCUCAUCAUUCUUUAGCGAUGAACAAACCAAGCAAUUGGUAAAACUUAAGUAUGAAUUCCCUGUCAUGGUUAAGAAAUGGAGGGACUUGGCACGAGCUGAAUCAAGUUACCAGGAAUUCUUGACCAGCUUCGAAGAGGAUAGGAAAAAACUGGAUGAUUGGAUUAGAUCAGAAGCCAGGUUGAAGUCGGAGUAUGUUAAAAAGGAGGAACAAGCUAGAGAAUUGGAAGCAGCCCUUCAAACUAUAAAGAACCAGAAAAAAGAAAUCAUGGAUGAAAGACAAGAAGCGUCUCUAGCAGCUCAGAAAAUCAUGUUGUCAGCUCAAGAAAAAGCUGGCAAGAUAGAAAGCACUAAAACUGAAUUGGUAACGACAAAGAUGCGGAUGGAUGGCUUGCAAAAAAAUUGGUCCAACUUUCAGUCUAAAUUCCCCUAGGUGUUACUUUUAGGUCUCUCCUUCUAUUGUCACAAAUCACAGUUGUUAACUUCCUUCGCUUUAUGUUUCCUAGGACUAGAUGUAUUUUGGAAUGUGGAGCUUUAGUCCAUGUGUACAUAUAAACUGUACAUAUAAACGUGGAGUUUUAGGGUUUUAGGAUGCUAUAAUUUUGCCAUUGUUUUAUCAAAGAUUUUAACUUUAGGGUUUUAGAAUGCUAAAGGAUUUUAGCCUGUUUUCAAUUGUGUGCAUUGGAGCAGAGAUUAGUUAAGUAAGCCAGUUUUGUAUAGUCUUAGGCGCCCGUUCAAAUUUGUCGUGUUUAGAACUGCAAUCUUUGUGCCAAUAAGAGAAUUAGGAUUUGGCGUCC